AUGCAGCAGCAGCAGCUCAGCUCCAGCAACUCUGUUUGCAGCGUCCACAACCGACAACCGUUAUGUAGAAAAAAAUAAAAUAUUGUAGUAAGUAAACGACAGCGUUCCACAGAGAGAUUUUUUUAAAAAAAACCCCGACAUUCGCGAAAGCUAUAGAAGAAGCCAGUAGCCUCUUUCUUUCUCUUCCACCGACUCUACCUUCACGGCUUCUCUGCUCUCUCUCUCUCUCUCUCAAUCUAGCCGUCGCCGUCGCCGGUUCCACCGCCGCUUUAAACCUGUCGAAGGUGCACUGUCCCUUGCCCUUUGUCUCAGGUGUUUGAUGAUUUGCUUCUUUGAUCUUUUCCUCUUUUUGGCUUCUGGGUUCUGUAGAAAUUGCCUUUUGUAAUUUGAGCCGCAAAAAUACCUAAAGGUGCAAUUCGCUUAGGGGUGGUCAAGGGACAUCAAUCCAGAAGAAGAAAUAAUUAGUAGCAACCUGUACAAAGAACUAAGAAAUCCGUGAGCCCGAGACCAUGGCUGGAGUUCCCGAAUCCGACCUUGCAUUCUCAGACAUAUUCUCCCAAAAGAACUCGAGGCUCCCAGAUGACACCGUUUUCUACGCCAUAUUCCCUGACUUAACUCUAAAUUCCAAUCCCACCCCUACCUCUGAACCUUCACUCUCCUCCUCUCUCCAAUCCCUCCACCUCCAAAUCCUCCAAACCCUAUCUCCCUUCACAACUGACUACCUUUGGCAGCAUGAGUCCUUCACUCUCUCCCUCUCUUCCCUCCCUAAACCCUCAUGCCUCUGCUCCUCCCAUCUUCCUCACCUCCAUGGCAAGCUCCGCUUUGGUGACAAUCUUGAUGACGAGUGGUUCACCGUCUUCCUCCUCUUCAAAAUCUCUACCACCUUCCCUUCCCUCUCUAUUCGAGUUUGGGACACUGACGGUGAGUUUCUCCUCAUCGAAGCCGCUUUCCACCUCCCACGCUGGCUGAACCCUGAGAACAGUCUCAACCGCGUCUUCAUUCGCCAAGGUCAUAUCCAUAUAGUACCCAAAGACUGCCUUUCGAGCCCUAACUUAUCCGAUUCGUUGAGAUUCAUCAUCAAUCACAAUGAGGAAUCGCGAGCAUCAGAGUUGAUUCAGUCUGCAGUGAAGAAACGGAUAUUAGAUUAUCCCGAGAGAGCUCAAAGGAAUAUGCAUCAAGUUAGGGUUAGGGUUCCGGUGUCGGUGGCACAAGUAUUGAAACACGAGCCUUGCUUGAUUUCGUUGGCGGUGGAGGGUUUCUAUGAUCGAGACAUUGAUUCCAUGAAGUACGCGGCAAAAAUGGAAAAGUUCUUACCUAAAGGGAGAGAGGAAGAGUUGGUCUGUGUGGCAGUGAAGAUGUCAAGGGCAAUGUAUGCACAAUUGGUUCAACAGGCCUUUCAGGCGCCGAAGAAUUAUCCAAUGCCAAAUAGGAGUGAUAAAGUGGCAUAUGGAGAGGCCGAAUUGGGACUGAAAAUCACAUGCGGGUUAGAGAUGAUGUACCAGCUAAGAAAGCGAGAGGGUUUGGAAGGGAAGGGACGCACUUGGGAGGCCUAUAAGGAGAGUUUGGAGAGGAGUGGAUACUUUCAAGGACUGCUUCCAGGGUCUAAAGAGUACCAGAGGUUAAUGCACAAUGCUGAAGAGUAUUACCGGAACAGUUCUUUGUUUUUGAGGACCAGUGAAAUGUUGAGUGCUCCAGUGAAACGAAUCGAUGAGAUUCUUGCCUUACCACAUUCACCUGAUGAAUUUAGUGGUCAGGAAGUUCCUCCUUCUGAUGAUGAUUCCUGGCUUUACAAUGGAGAGGACGAGUUAAACUCUGCACUUCUUGAGAGACAAAAGGAGAUGGACCUCUAUAAUUCAAAACAUAAAAAGAAACAGAAUGGCCAGGACGAUACGGGUCCUUCAUCCAGUUCUAAUGUUGAUGAGGUUGGUCUUGGUGAUAUAGCUAAGACCAUGCAGGAUUUUGUCCAUAAGGUGUCAAGCUACAAGGGAGCUGAGGUUCCUGAAAACAGGAACCUAAAAGAAGUGGACCUUGAUGUUGACCGUUUCAUUAAAGACAUGGAGUCAGUAAUGAAGCGUCAAGGUUUUGAAGAUGUGGGCAGUAAUGUUGAUAUAGAAGAUGGUUCAUCAUUGGACUUUGAUUUGGAUGAGUCUGAAGAUGAGAGUGAUAUAGCGGAACCUUCUGAGGAUAAUGAGGAAGAAAAGGAUACUUUCAUGCAUUCCUAUUCUGAUGCUAUGAAUGAAGAGUUGAAGCCCACCAGCAUUGCAAAAAGUUUUGUUCGUGCUAAUGAGCAAGCAACAAAGAAGGAUGAGGGAACAUCAAAUGCCACAGAAGAUAUGGAUGAGGAUUUCACUCCUGUGGAUGUAGAUGUGAACCUUGUAAAGAGCUUUCUUGAUUCCUUUUCUUCCCAACAAGGGCUUCCCGGACCUGCUUCCAAUUUGCUUGGGCUCAUGGGUGUACAGCUCCCACAUGAUGACAAGAAGAAGGGCAAAUGAUUCUAUGUGGAUGGAUCCUUUCUAGUUUUGUAUCUAUACUAUCUACAAGGUCGCCCAAGAUAGUUUGAGGCCUUAGUUUGAGGCCUUAGGUGAAAAUUUUAUAGGGGACUUUUUAUAUUUCACUUAAAUAAAUUUAGUUUAUUUUUUUAUUAUAUAUUUUUAUUUCAAUUUAUUAUUAAUUCUUACUUAUUAUAUAGGUUUACAAACUGACAUAUCACUAAUAAAAAAAAAGUUAUUCAAAUAUUUAUUUA